UAUCCGAAGAAUCUCAAGAUGCACAGCUCGCUGGAAAGCAACACCCCCAAUGUGUGGGACUAUGAUACGAUAUUGGAAAAGAUUGGGUAUGGAAAAACCCAAUGGAUACUAUUGAUUGUGAGUGGUUUGCUGACAAUCACUUCGGUUGCCGCCCAACAAGCCAUGAGUAUCAUUGUCAUUGCCUCUCAAUGCGAAUUCGAAACCACACAGGCUGAAAAAGGCGUGAUGAUGGCUGCCAGUGUUACAGGUAUUUUCUUAUCAACCUAUAUAUGGGGCUACAUCAGCGAUGAUAUAGGGCGUCGCAAAGUCUUACUUUAUGGCAUUUUCGCCUCGAAUGCCCUUCAGUUUAUUCUCAUGUUUGUUACAAGCGUUUGGCUAUUCAACAUUAUCAAUCUUCUGGUUGGAAUUAGUAUGGGAGGCGUAUCAGCAGCACUCUAUGCAUAUUUGAGUGAAUUCAAUAUUCCCCGCCACAGGGCAGUGGCAAUUAAUUACUCCACAAUGUUUGUGAGUGUGACUGCAAUUUAUGUACCAGCUACUGCCUGGCUGGUACUCUCCUCCGAUUGGUCAAUCACUGUGGGGAACUUCGUUUUCCUGCCCUGGAGAUUAAUCCUUUUUGUCAGCUUACUACCAGGACUAAUUGGCGGCUUGGUUUUGUUAUAUUAUCCUGAAAGCCCCAAGUUUCUGCUUUCACAAAAUAAAGACCAAGAGGCUGUGGAAGCUGUGGGUUGGAUUAGUAAAUUCAAUCGAGGAAAACCGAUACAGAAUAUCCUUAAUUGCGAUGAAAUUGUACUUAAGUCGGAAGACCCUGCUGGUGAGAACAUACUGGCCGAUAACCAAGGUUGUGGCAUUGGAAUACUCUCCAAGAUAGCCCGGGCUACGGUUCCACUUUUUUACAAGCCUCAUGGCUUUAAUUUUAUUCUCUGUAAUUUGGUAAUGUUUGGCAUGUUUUUUAGCUCAAACGGCAUGCAACUUUGGUUUCCGGAAAUUGUGAAUCGUUCAUCUGGCGCAGAAAACAAUACGUCUACAGUUUGCGAAAUUCUUAGUGUACCCGUGGAAAAGCCUGACAAUAUUACAGAAGAAUUGGAAUGCACAGCUACUAUAUCCAGCAAAACUUACAUCGAUAACAUAAUUGUUGGCGUUGCAUUUUUAAUUGGCUUUUCUAUUCAGGGAACUUUGCUGAAUCCUUUGGGCCGAAAGAAUGUUCUCGUGGCAGCCAUUGUGGUUUCCGUGUUGAGUGGAAUAUUUUUGCAUUUUCUUGCCAAUCCUACAGGUGUCCUUAUUGCCUUCUGCCUCUACAUACUUUUGCCGGGACUUUCGAUUUCAAUCAUGAUUGGCGCCAUUGUGGACUUGGUGCCCACGCAUUUGAGAUCUAAGGCUGUUAGCUUUUGCAUGUCCUUGGGAAGACUUGGAAUCAUUGCUGCUACUAAUUUAAUGGGAGUGAUGCUGCAACCAUAUUGUAACACCACUUUUGCGAUUUUUACUUGUACGCUAGUGGUGUGCUUGAUUAUUGUUCAUUAUCUCCCUAUACGGAACUCAGCCUAAUAAUUUUCCUUCGUUUUUCAAAAAUAUGUAAAUAAAUCACUCUUAUUUGAAAUUAGUAAUUUCAGUCACCGUUAA